CCGCCGGUUCUGGGUGUGUGUUUGCGGGUGGCGGCGGGUUGGCGGCCUCCUUGCGCAGCGCUGAGCGGGAGCGCGGGGCUGCAGGCGCCCCGGUGUCGUGAGGAGAAAGAUUGCACAAAGACACAUAGAGACUGUUUGAGUAAGACCAGGAUGGAAGAGUUUGGUGGGGACCCUCUUAUCCAGAGAGAUGCUGUCCUGCCUGAGUUGUGCUGUGAUUACUUCACCAUAACAAACUUGGUGGAAGUGCUGAGAUCUUUGGUGGCUUUAACUGACCCUCAGGAGGGGAAGCUGACUCAGUCUCAAGAGAAAGCACUGAACUCGCUGGUCAUUUUGAAACCCGUAUUUGCAACUGUUCCUGGGCCUACAUCAAAGACCUCAGUGGAGUGGCGGCUUGAAGAUGGGAGAUCAAGAUGCAGGUGAACCCUUUCUGGGGAUAGCGGCUGGUGGGGCCAAAGACCACGAAGGAGCUGUACCCUCAGACACAGUGUCCCUCAGUGAUUCUGAUUCCGAUGAUUUGGGGUUAGCAGAUGAAGCAGAAGUUGAUACAGUAUCUCCUGAGGAGCCGUCUGUAGAUGAUGGGGAUUACAGAUCAGCUGACUCUUCAAACAGCAGUCACAGAUCUCCUGUCCAGCCAUUCCAUCUGAGGGGCAUGAGUUCUACGUUCUCCCUCCGUAGCCAGAGCAUUUUUGAUUGCCUGGAGGAGGCAGCCAAGUUGUCUGUGCCCUCAAUGCCUGAAGAUAAUGUUGUUGAUGGGAGGUUUAAACGUCCAUUGUCUCCAACUACAGCUGCAGGUAGCAUGGUUCUAGAGAGCCUGGGAAAGCAAGUCAAAGCAGUGCAGGCUCCCAAAACCUCUCCUGCAGUGCCUGACUAUGUGGCACACCCAGAGCGCUGGACCAAAUACAGCCUAGAUGGAGUUUCAGAGUCUAGUGACAAGACUAACAGGGCAGUGGCCAUGGAAUUUCUAGAGGAUCUGAAGAAAAGAGGGAAGGAACAAAGCUCAGCUACCCAAGAUAGCUACACCCCAUACUUCAACCAGGACCCUUCCAGCUGUGGAGCUGGGAGGAUUGUCUUCUCCAAACCAGCAAAAAGGGGUGUGGAAAAGAAAACAUCAUCAGCAGGGGAAGAUUAUAAGAAAUACGUGAAAAUGGAUAUGAAAGGAAAAUCUCUUAGGAAGACUGAUUUGAGGGAAGAAGAUAAGGUAGAGCUGGGACACAUAGAUAGUGGAAGUGGUAAGGCAACAGAGGAGGAGGAGUUCAUGAUGGCAGGGGACCUGAAUGCAGAAGGUAAUCUUAGUGCAAAGUUUAGUGGUGCAGGUGAAGAGCCAUGGGUGGGAACAGUUGGAUUCCACUGCAGUAAGAAAAAGAAUAGGAAAAAUUUCCGACCUAAAGCGGAUGAUGAAGGGGAGGAGGAAGAGUCCUGAAGAAUGGAGUUCACUGGAAACAUCCAAGGACUUGUAUUUGGAUAUGUCUGGGGUUUUUUUUCUCUUUUUUUUUUUUCUGGUCUGGAAACCACAUAAUAGCUUUUUGUCCAACAGUUUGCAUUGUGGCCACCAAGAACAUUUUAUGCUGUUAGAAAUUAAGCUCCCUAAAACAAACUCUUCAGACUUCAUGUUCAUGAGAAGUCUGUGGGCACAGGAUAGUUGCAGGAGCGAAUAAGGUGUGCUUUGUUUGCUUGAGCAGCUCCCUGGGGAUUGUGCUGGAACUGAAGUAGCCAAAGAAAGGUGUGUUAGCUGAAAGGCUUCCUACUAACACCCACAUUCAGAGCGGUUCCCAAAUCCUGGAACAAUGACAAUGAGUUCGUGAUACAGAGAUUUUUAAACAAUGAAAAUAAAAACGUAGUCUUCCACUGGAUGUGCUUUAUUGUGUCCCCGUCCCAGGGAGGAACACCUUUACAAGCUUUU